AUGCUGCAGAUCGACAGGACGGCGACGCUGGAGCAGGUGAAGCGCGCCUAUCGGUCCCUUGCGAUCAAGAUGCAUCCGGACAAAGGCGGAAACCAUAAAGCCUUCUGCGCGCUGCAGCUAGCUUUCGACGUCCUUCAAGACGAGGUGGAGCGCCAACAUUACGACCGCGAGCUGCGAGAGUCACGCAGUCGCGACGGCCAAGUAGGCCACGCUGUGGAGAGUGGUCCAGUGGUUCAGCCAGCUGCAGUCAACCCUGUGAUGCUUCGAGACGCGCUGACCGGUACUCCUCCGAAGCAUUGGCCGGAGAUGCUUAAGGAGCUGUUGACAGACAACCUGAAGACGUUACAGGGAUUUCUCAACAUGACGCAGCAGCGGCAGAAUGAGAUUGUCAAGGAGCACCAGGAGAAAAACCCGCAGCACAGCAAGGCCGGAGUGCCAGGCAUCACUCGCUCGGGCAAUUUCUACUAUGCGAAAGCAUCCCGUGCGAACAUCAGCAUCAACUCCAAGCCUGCUACUUUGGUUGAAGCUAUCGAUGCCAACAUUGCGCUGAAACAGAUCUGGAACAUCGUCAAGAAGUAUCCGGACGAUCUCGAAGGUGGACUGCGGCGUGCCGUGAAAGAGCGCCGAGAGAUCGACCAAGACACCAUUUUCUUCAUGAGGUUCCGCUUGGACUUCAGAUGGGAGAGCGUGCGCGUAACAACACCGCAGAGGAGCGACGUUGACAGCUUGCUUCGAGAUCGCCGCACUCUACUCAAGCUCGCAGAGCGCCGAGCUUCGAAAGAAGAAUUCCUCAAGGCACAACAGGCCAUGAGGGAAAAUGCACAGGAGGAGCUGGUAGCACAGCGAAACCAUACAAGCGUGCGGCAACAGCUUGUAGCAGAGGUUGCACGGGAGGUCCUGUGGCGCCACUCUGCAGACUCCAGGAGUUUGCUGUCGUUGAAAAAUCGAGCGGAUGAGGCAGCGUCGGACCCUGAGAGCUCCGAUUCGGACUCGUCCUCAUCAUCGUCAUCGUCCUAG